AUGACAGACCCAAGUCCCAACGACGAUUUUUACCUCCGAUACUACGUCGGCCACGAGGGCAAAUUCGGCAGAGAAUUCCUCGAGUUUGAACUCUACCCGUCGGGAAAGCUUCGAUACGCGAACAACUCCAAUUACAAGGACGACGAUCUGAUUCGGAAAGAAGUCUACGUUAGCCCCGCGGUAGUUGAGGAAUUUCGACGCCUAGUGGAAGUCAGCGAGAUUACCAAAGUGGACGAUAGCAAGUGGAAAGAACCCGACGAAAGAUCCACCGGCCAUCAAGAGCUAGAAUGCAAAAUCGGAUCCCAUCAUAUCGCGUUCACGGCAUGUGAGAUUAGAUCGCUGGGUGAUAUUCAAAAAUGGAACGAUCCAGAGGGACUCCAGACGUUUUACUAUCUUACACUCGAUCUCAAAGCCCUGGUGAUGGCACUCAUUUCGUCGCAUUUCAAAGCGAGGCCGAUCCCGGAUUGA